AUGGCCAUCUCUAAGGUUUUCUCCAGAUACGUUUACGACUCUCGUGGUAACCCAACCGUUGAGGUUGAGGUCACUACCGGAAAGGGUACUUUCAGAGCCAUUGUUCCAUCUGGUGCCUCUACUGGUAUCCACGAAGCUUUGGAAUUGAGAGACGGUGACAAGAGCAAGUGGAUGGGCAAGGGUGUCCUAAAGGCCGUUGCCAACGUUAACGACAUCAUUGCUCCAGCUUUGAUCAAGGCUAACGUUGACGUUACCAAGCAAGCUGCUGUCGACGAAUUGUUGUUGUCUUUGGACGGUACUCCAAACAAGAACAAGUUGGGUGCUAACGCCAUCUUGGGUGUCUCUUUGGCUGUUGCCAAGGCUGCUGCUGCCGAGAAGAACGUUCCAUUGUACAAGCACUUGGCUGACUUGGCUCAAUCCAAGCCAGAACCAUUUGUUUUGCCAGUUCCUUUCUUGAACGUUUUGAACGGUGGUUCCCACGCUGGUGGUGCUUUGGCUUUGCAAGAAUUCAUGAUUGCCCCAACUGGUGCUAGCACCUUCGCUGAGGCUUUGAGAAUGGGUUCCGAAGUUUACCACAACUUGAAGUCUUUGACCAAGAAGAGAUACGGUUCCUCUGCCGGUAACGUCGGUGACGAAGGUGGUGUUGCUCCAAACAUCCAAACCGCUGAAGAGGCUUUGGACUUGAUUGUUGACGCCAUCAAGGCCGCUGGUUACGAAGGUAAGAUCGACAUUGGUCUAGACUGUGCUUCCUCCGAAUUCUACAAGGACGGUAAGUACGACUUGGACUUCAAGAACCCACAAUCCGACCCAUCCAAGUGGUUGUCUGGUCCUCAACUUGCUGACUUGUACCACAGUUUGACCAAGAGAUACCCAAUUGUCUCCAUCGAGGACCCAUUCGCUGAAGACGACUGGGAAGCUUGGUCUCACUUCUACAAGACUGCUGGUGUUCAAAUUGUUGCUGAUGACUUGACUGUCACCAACCCAAUCAGAAUCAAGACUGCCAUCGAAAAGAAGGCUGCCGACGCUUUGUUGUUGAAGGUCAACCAAAUUGGUUCUUUGUCCGAAUCCAUCAACGCUGCUAAGGACUCCUUCGCCGCUGGCUGGGGUGUCAUGGUCUCCCACAGAUCUGGUGAGACUGAAGACACCUUCAUUGCCGACUUGGUCGUUGGUUUGAGAACUGGUCAAAUCAAGACUGGUGCUCCAGCCAGAUCCGAAAGAUUGGCCAAGUUGAACCAAUUGUUGAGAAUUGAAGAGGAGUUGGGCUCCAAGGCUAUCUACGCUGGUAAGAAGUUCCACCAAGGUCAAAACUUGUAA